ACAUAUAUAAUUACUUUUUAUUUGUUGAUUUGAUUUACAGGUAUAAUAAAUCCCUUGAACAUCAUGCCUCACCCGGGGGAGUGCGUUAUCAACAACAGGGCGUUCUUCGUGUUCGGUUCGCUGGUCGCAUUCUACAUUCCCAUGAUCGUUAUGGUAGCCACGUACGUGUUAACGGUUCAGUUGCUCAGGCAAAAGGCUCGUUUCGUCGCGGAACAUCCGGAAAGGGAUCAAUUCCGAAGGUUAGGGGGUAGAUACUUCUCGACGAAGACGUCGGCCACCACGAACACGGGAACUACCUCGAGAUACACCUGGAGGACUUCUGGCGGGGGCGGAAGUGAUCG